AUGGUCACAGCCGAUUUGAACGAGCCAUCGCCACCUUCCACCACUUGUAAAGCAGCAGCAGCUCAUGACUGGACGACUAGCAACAUUACGACGCAUGGCCGGUGGUUCAAAGAUCAGCAUGGGAGAACUCUUUUGAUGCGAGGUGUCAAUGUGUGUGGGUCUUCCAAACUUCCAACCAAGCCAUACCCUGGGUCGACUCAUUUAUACGACGAGAAGUUGUUCUGGGACCAUCGCAAUGUCAGCUUUGUUGGACGACCCUUUCCACUGAGUGAGGCGAGGAUGCAUUUCGCAAGGUUACGUGCCUGGGGUCUCACAUUAAUUCGACUCUUGAUCCCCUGGGAAAGCAUUGAACAUGCGGGUCCUGGUGAAUAUGACGAAGAGUACAUUGAUUAUCUACGCGACUUGAUUGCUAUCAUGCCUGAAUAUGGCCUUCGAUGCUUUAUUGAUCCUCAUCAAGAUACGUGGUCUCGAUUUUCAGGUGGAUCAGGUGCACCAGGGUGGACGUUUCAAGUAGCAGGCAUGGAUAUACGUGCAUUCAAGGAGACGGGUGCAGCUUAUGUACAUAAUACAAAUGCCGUUCCUGGUGAUCCAUUACCCAUGGUGUGGCCUACGAAUUAUACAAAGCUGGCAUGUUGUACCAUGUUUACCUUAUUCUUUGCUGGUGAUACAUUUGCUCCACAACACACCUACAAUGGCCAAUCCAUCCAACAAUUGUUGUCAUCUUGUUUUAUCCAAGCAUUUGCUCACUUGGCAACCCGACUCGCUGAUCUCGAUGCCGUGAUGGGAUUUGAAGUCAUGAAUGAACCCCACUCUGGAUACAUUGGAUUAUCGACUUUGGAUGAAUUUGACCCUAUUGCCAACCUCAUAUUUGGUGAUGCACCCAAACCACUACAAUGCUUUGCUCUUGGUGAUGGUAUUCCUCAACAAGUGGGCGUUUAUGUCAAAUCAUGGCCAUUCCCUACCCGCAAGUCUCAUGAUCGGUGGAUCAAUCAAAGCCGCACUUCAGCAUGGCUUCCUGGUCAAUCAUGUAUUUGGCGUCAGCAUGGUGUAUGGGACUUUAACAACAAGGGUGAACCUGAGCUUGUUGAUUCGGCCUACUUUUCAAAGCAUCCAAAGACUGGUGAACCUGUCGACUUCUAUCGAGACUUUUACGUCCCCUUUGUCAAUCGCUAUGCCCAAGCUAUUCAAAAGGUCAAGCCGGAUUGGUAUUGCUUUGUGGAACCACUUGCCAAUGAGAAAUCACCCACCUUUGGCCCACAAGAUCAUCAUCAUAAUAUGAUCUAUGCUCCUCAUUGGUACGAUCUCAACUGCGUCUUUUACAAAAAGUUUGAUGGCCGCAUCACACAUGAUGUUCAAUCCUUGCAGAAUGGUGGCAACGUGUUUAGUGCCACAUACUUUGGUCGUAGUGGUGCCAAAGUCAAUUAUCGUGGUCAAAUUCGAAAUAUCAAGCAAUCCGGCUUAGACAACAUGGGUGACAAGCCAUGUAUCUUUGGCGAAGUGGGUAUUCCUAUGGAUCUCAAUCAACGCGCCGCUUUUGAAACUGGUGAUUAUGAAAAGCAUGUUCACUUUAUGGAUGCCAUGAUCUAUGCCUUGGAGACAAACCUUGUUAGCUUCACCUUGUGGAAUUAUGACGUUUGCAAUGAUGACGAGUAUGGCGACCAUUGGAACGGUGAAAACUUUUCGAUCUAUUCACCAAAGCUGGUUAAGCAAUCAGGGGAGGAAGAAGAUUUGUCGUCAUUAUCAUCGUCCACGGGUGACCAAACACCAUCUUCAUUGGAUACCACAAUACCUGGUUAUGACUUGGCUCAACUGCAUAUGGGAGGUCGUGUACUUGCAGCUGCUAUUCGACCCUAUGCAUCCAAGGUUGCAGGCAUACCCGAGCAUUCUGAAUUCAAUCCAGAUACACUCGAAUAUACCUUCUCUUUUCGACCUUUUGAUUCAGCUCACGUGGAGGAAGAAGAAACAUCCAGCAUGGAGGAGUCUCGAACAACUGAAAUCUACAUUCCCCAUUAUCAUUUUGCUGACCAGAGCUUGGACGUACAUGUUUCGGAUGGCACCUGGAAAUAUGAACCCGAGUUGCAGACAUUGUACCAUUAUUGCCACAAUCCAGAACAGGGAUCCAUCACCAUACGCAUCCGAACUUCAUCCUUCGCUGGCAACUCGGCAAAUGGUAGAUGCACCAUCAUGUAA